AUGCAACAUUACAUUGAAACCAAAGGGCAACAUGUUGUUAUCGGUCAUUUCCGCUUUAACGGUGCUGGUCCCUCUCGGGCAUUCAACCUUACCUCUCGUUAUCAACACAUGGCCAUUCAAGAACGCAACGGCUGCAGCAUGGAGUGCCCUGCAGUCUGGUGGCUCAGUGUUGGAUGCAGUGGAGAUGGGCUGUGCCCGCUGUGAAAUGGAACAGUGUGAUGGCAGUGUGGGCUACGGCGGCAGCCCAGAUGAGUCCGGAGAGACCACGUUGGAUGCCAUGAUCAUGAACGGGGAUACAAUGGAGGUGGGGGCAGUUGCAGACCUGAGAAGAAUCAAGAAUGCCAUUGGAGUAGCGAGAGCUGUGAUGGAGCACACCGACCACACACUGCUGGUGGGAGAGUCAGCUUCUGUGUUUGCUGAAAACAUGGGCUUCAUCGCAGAAGACCUGACUACCAACAAAUCUGUGAAUAUUUUCUCACAGUGGCUGAAGGGCAACUGCCAACCUAAUUAUCGAAAGAAUGUGUUUCCAGAUCCCUCCAAGUCCUGUGGACCCUACAAGCCCAGGGCGACAGUGAGACAGAACAAGAGGGCACAGCACGCCAAUACGCGCUCCCACGACACCAUAGGGAUGCUGGCUCUUGAUGGAGACGGUCACCUGGCUGCUGGAACAUCGACCAACGGACUAACUCACAAAGUUCCAGGUCGUGUUGGGGACUCUCCUAUCGUCGGAGCAGGGGCCUACGCAGACAGCUCAGCUGGCGGUGCUGCUGCCACCGGAGAUGGAGACCUCAUGAUGCGCUUUCUGCCAAGUUACUUGGCCGUGGAGCUGAUGAGGGCCGGGGCAGAUCCCUCGGCAGCCUGCAAGACGGCCAUUUCCCGAAUCAAGAGGCAUUACUCAGAGUUCUUUGGAGCCAUCAUCUGUGCUAACACAACGGGCCAUUAUGGUGCUGCCUGUAACAAAGUCGCUGGCUUCUCCCAGUUUCACUUCAUGGUGUCAAACUCAGAGUCAGACACACCACUGCUGAAAUCUGUGGACUGCUUCUAA